AUGGCCGACAAGAUGGAGAACCCUGAGGAAAAGAUCCAGGAGGGGCUUUUCGACCGCAUUAUCAACAAUCUGACACAACUGAACGUUAACGUGGGCAAGAUCAACGCGCAGCUCGUGGAGAUCGAGAAACAGAACGAGAAGACCGUGCUUGUGAGUGAGCUGUGGGAGAACUAUCGCAAAAAUGCGGAAUUUCAUCUGGCCAAGACGGGGGAGCUCGAAGGACCAAUAGAAUAG